AAAAAAGUUUUCACAUUUCACUUCUUCCCCGACGCUCUGACCAGAAACCCUAGAAGAAUUGGAGUUCGAAGGUGGCAUGGAACCAUCACCAUCAAUGCGAUACAAUCUGCGAUCUCGUGGUCGUAUAAUCGGCAACCGCCUUUUGAGGUUACGCCGAGGAGUUCCAGUCUAUAAUCAUCACCAUUCAUGGUUGUUACUUAUACAAGCUUCAUGCUUUCUCUUCUAAUUAUUAUUUCUUUACUUAAUUAUCAUUCCUGCCGAAUUAGUGUUAUAUUGUUUUUUUUUUUCCUUUUUGUUUUUCCUUCACAAAUCAAUUUUGCUUGCAAUCAAAGUCAAAAGCCUUGUAGGCCCUCCGUUAAAAAAAUACAAAAGCCUUGUGGACCCUCAAUACAUAGAGGCACUGAUGAGGAACUAGGAAAUCAAAGGCCAACUCGUAGUAAAGAAUCAUACAGACUAGAGAGAUUACGGUUUUUUGGAGAGGAAGAACGGUACAAAGUUUAUGAUUAUGGGGAUGGGAUUAUGACGGCUUUCGAAAAAGUUGGUGAUUUUCAUCAACUGCACAUUUUGGGUGUGCCAAAAUCUUUUGAAUACAUGCAGAACUCAUCGGAUGAUGAUGUUCCUGUUAAGCACUUUUAUGCCCGGAUCCAUCAAGCACCCAAAAAGAAUACUCAUGUAGAUUACUGUGAGCCUUUUGAAGGAGAAGGACCUCCAUUGAGAGCAAGCAAGCUGAAGCUGAUGGAGAAGAUUCGGAUUCAGACUACUGGGAUGGUUACUCGGACCCUGAUGCCCCCCAAAAAAGAAAUCAGAGGAGCAUUAGCAGAAUUUAGGAGAAGGCGUUGAACCUAUCUUAGAAGACUUUAAGGACCAAUGUCCGAUCUUGACAGCACUUCAGGGUUAUAAUGCCAAAAUCUCAAGUCGGCACACUCAUCUUUAUCUGGCUGGAUCUUUACAGGCCUUAGACUUUUUGAAUAUUCUACUAUAUUUUUUCUUUUAUGUAGAAUUCGACUUUUUUUAGUGCGGUUUUCUUUAUUUCUAGUAUUGAGAAUUUUCUUUUAAGACUUCAUGAACAAUUAAUGAAAACCUCUUUUAUUCAUAC